AUGUCCUCUCUCAGCUCAGCCUUGGCCUCGACCCGCAACGGGGACAAGCCGCUCUUGAACCUCCAGCUUGGAUGGCCUUCCCCAAGACUUUGUGGACGGCAAGGUCUGCUCAUUGGCGCUAUCUCAGUCCUCGAUGACAACGCCAACAUGGCACCAAUCCUACUAUAUGGUCCAAAUAAGGGAUUCCCACCGCUAUGUCAAAGCGUUGCGGAUUGGUUGACCAAUGUCUACAAGCCCUCAGCUGGACCCCUCGAUGCAUCGCGGAUAUGCAUCACCAAUGGGGCAUCGGGAAGCCUCGCAAGCAUGAUGCUGAAGUUCUCGGACCCAACUUAUAUCAGAAGGAUCUUUAUGGUAGAGCCGACCUACUUCCUUGCGUGUCCGAUUUUCGAAGACACUGGUUUCCAGGGCAAGCUGCAAGGAAUUCCCGAGAACGGUCCUGACUGUGUCGACAUCGAGUUCCUCCGCGAGCAGUUGAAAAAGGCUGAAGCUGAGGAAUGGCCAGAUGUGCCUCUUCAGAAGACUGGGACCAGCUACCACCACAUCUACAGAUAUGUCCUGUACUGCACUACCACGUACUCGAAUCCCAGUGCGAAGACCAUGCCUGUGCACAUCAGGGAGAGCUUGGUGGCACUCGCGCGGGAAUUCGACAUUCUAUUGAUAUCAGACGACGUAUACGAUUUUCUCGGCUGGUCAACAGAGACGGACAACAACGAGUCUGUAGAUCCACCCCCACGCCUCGUCGACAUUGAUCGUGCGCUUCCAGGAUCGACGGCCUUUGGAAAUGCCAUCAGCAACGGCUCAUUCGCGAAAGUCAUAGGUCCUGGUAUCAGGGUUGGCUGGGUUGAAGCAACUCCUGCAUUCUGCUCAGACCUUGGCCUCGUUGGAUCAUCGUCAUCCGGAGGAGCCCCCAGCCAUUUCGCUUCGACGCUCGUAGAUCGCAUGCUACGAAGCAAUGACCUCCAGCAGCUCAUCUCGACAGUGUUAAUACCUGAGUACCGGAGAAGGUCGUCGGUGCUCAUGCUGGCGAUUGAGCAGAAGCUGCUGCCAAUGGGAUAUACUGUCGAAGCGACAGGCCCUAGACCGGGCACUGUGGGUGGUUACUUCACUUAUAUGAGGAUCCCUGCCUUCUUUGCUGAGCACGGUGUAUUUGCCAAAACACUGGCGGGCAUUGCGCUGAGGGAUUACUCUCUCCGAAUAGCUUUCGGCCACAUGUUCGUGGUAGCCGGCGAUGAAGGCAGCUUGGAACGUGCAGAGACUGUUGAUGGAUUUGCAUACUGCCUGAGACUGAGCUGGGCCUGGUUGGAGGCUGAGCAGAUAGAAGAAGCCAUCACACGUCUCGCCGAAUGCACAGUACAUACACAACGCAGGAUUCAGCAAGGCGAGGACGUGGCCAAGGGAGUCGAGAUAGGCAUCCGAUAA